GGAGCUGGGUUUAGGUGUCAGCAGUUUAAUGCAUCGCCGGAAACUCCGCCUGGCCAUUGAGGAUUACAGAGAUGCUGAGAACGGCUGUCCAAGGCUGCAGAUAUGGACCACCACUGGGUGGCCAAGGCCUGGUUAAGCGACGUGGGCUUGCCUCAGUACUCGCAGGCCUUUCACAACCACUUGGUAGACGGGCGCCUGCUGAACUCCCUGACACGUCGUGACCUCGAACGUCACCUAAACAUCACCAAGAAGUUCCACCAGGUCAGCUUGCUGCUGGGCAUCGAACUGCUGCACUUACUCAAUUUCGACAAGGAGGCACUGCAGGCUCGCCGGAUACAGUGUGAGCACCAGAACGUGGAUCCGUUGGUGUGGACCUCUCAUCGGGUCAUGAAAUGGAUCAAAGAUAUUGACCUGAAGGAGUUUGCUGAAAGUCUUCUAAGCAGUGGAGUUCAUGGAGCUGUCAUGGUUCUUGACCCCACUUUUAACACUGACGCCAUGGCAACAGCACUGGGGAUUCCUAGCAACAAGCACAUGGUUCGCCGACACCUUGUUGAGGAGAUGAAAAACCUGAUUGGCCCAGCCAGAACGGAUGCAAAGCAGGAAUACGAGCAUCUCGACCUGGGAACCCCGCCAACCCCCCUUCGCCAGAACUCCCUGGGCCGACCGCCCAGCUCUGCCGGCCGACACACUGAUGACGAAGGCUCGCUGAGGAGGAGGGCUGUCAAGCCUCCAACCGGCUUCAGCCCCAAAGCCCGCAAUGGGCGAGACUUGAGUUGCCACAGCAGCUAUGGCUCCCUGCCUCGGGAGGGUCGAGACCAGACUCCGCCCAGAGCCGAGGGAAGCCCGAUCCACGGUUACACCAGCAUCGAGGUCACCAACGUGUGAGGUCAUCAGAGUGUGACGAAACACCAGCUGUCAGCUUCAUCACAACUAAAUCUAAAUCACAUCAUGGACAUUUGUCAUGUGCACCUGAACAUGGGAUGGUUAUUUUUUCUAAAGAUGAGAAUUUAGAAUACAGAUUGCACUUUUAAAACGCGACAGGAUUCUUUUUUACAAGUUUCCUGGUUCAAGAAAACAUUUCAUUGUGAGCAGGUGAUAUUUUGAUGUUAUUUCCCUUCCACAGCGCCAGAAUCAAGAGAUGAAGGACUCUCGCUAAAUGAUUAUUUUUCUAUUACUUUGUGUGUAAAUGGUUCUUUGUGAAUCUGGAUGCAACUUGGCUAUUUGUUUUUGUUGACUGGUUACUGUUUUUCUGAGGAAAAUUAAAUUUAAAAAAACAACGGUUUGCAUUAUACACGGUACUUGAUGACAAAAUGAAAAAAUCUGCAGUGUAAACUGUUCUUGUUUCAUUCAACUCUGCUGUUUGUGAUGCCUUGUUAAUGUAACUGAGGACAGUGGACAAAAAAAAAAGACUUGAAUUGAAUUUUAAAUUCUCAAGUUUAUGUUUGAUAGUCAUUUUUCAUCUUGCACAUUUACACAGUUGUGUCUAAACAAAUGUAGCACCCUCAUUUGAUGUUUUAUACUGUGCCGUAAACAUGGUAAAAUAUUUGAACAAUGCCAACAAAAGAUGACUGCAGAGCUGUAUGUCGAUAGAAGCCUCAGGGCUGAAAGGUGUGAGGAUGCAUAAAUGUGAAAAUGAGAGUUCCUUAAAUGA